UGUGAAAGCCCCUUUUUCUCCUCUAUCCAUAAUCUCCACUGGCUCCUCCUCCACUGCCCCACCAGUGAAUGGGGCCUUUGUGGGUGCUUCCCAGCAUUCCAAGGGAAUUCUUGCAGUUAGGGGUUUCCAGUGCUGAGCUGACCUUACUUUAAAGGCGUUGCUGCAACUACAAGGGUGUGAUCACCAGAGCAGACAGAGUGGGAGGGAAGGAUCCCAUUGUUUCACACCAGCAUUAUGAUGCAGACAGUGAGUCAGUGGCUGUGGUGGGACCGUCUGUGGCUGCCAGCAAACGUCUCCUGGUCAGAUCUGGAGGACAAUGAAGGUCGUGUCUAUGCGAAAGCCUCUCAACUUUACGCUGCUCUGCCCUGCGCCCUCUGCCUGCUCCUAGUCAGAUACCUGUUUGAGAGGUACCUGGCCACACCACUGGCUAAUGUUUGGGGAGUGAGAGACAGGUUACGUCUCAUAGCAGAAUCACACCCCAUCCUAGAAAAGUACUUCUGCAGCCAAGCACGGUUUCCAUCACAGGCUGAUGUGAAGUCUCUGUGUAAGAAGACCGGUUGGCCAGAAAGGAGAAUUCAACUCUGGUUCAGGAAGCGGAGGAACCAGGAGCGCCCAGGGCUCCGCAAGAGGUUCUGUGAGGCCAGUUGGAGAUGUGUGUUUUAUUUGUUUGCAUUUGUCUGUGGAGUCCUGGCUCUCUAUGAUAAACCUUGGUUUUAUAAUCUGAAGGAGGUUUGGGCAGGCUUCCCUAAACAGUCCAUGCUGCCAUCUCAGUACUGGUAUUACCUUUUGGAAAUGGGCUUCUACCUUUCUCUGCUAUUCAGCCUCACAUUUGAUGUAAAACGAAAGGACUUCAAAGAGCAGGUGAUUCAUCAUAUAGCCACGCUGACUCUUCUGAGUUUCUCCUGGAUUUCAAACUACAUCCGUAUUGGAACCCUUGUGAUGGCAGUUCACGACUCCGCUGACAUACUGCUAGAGGGUGCAAAGGUAUUCAACUACGCCAAGUGGCACCAGACUGCUAACGCCAUAUUUGUGGUGUUUACACUUCUCUUUAUUGUGACAAGACUUGUCAUUUUUCCUUUCUGGCUGAUCCACUGUACAUGGGUGUACCCACUGAAUGAGUUCUCUCCCUUCUUUGGCUACUACUUCUUCAAUGUGAUGUUGUUGGUACUACAGAUACUCCACCUCUACUGGGCUGCUCUCAUAUCACGAAUGGUUUAUAAGCUUAUCUUCAGCAAGCUGGAAGGUGACGACAGGAGCGAUGAAGAGGAGGAUGACAGUGACUCACUGAAGGAAAGAAACCACAAACUGAAUCACAUUAAUGGCUCUGGAGCCAGAGGCCGGACCAACAGAGAAAAAGGAAAAUAGGCAGCAUGGACAGAUUCAGUCUGGAUUGCAGCUGUAAUCCAAUUAUAUGUAUAAAAGAGUAAAAACA